UUUUUUGUGUGUUUCUAGGUUGUGAUGCUCUCUGCUAUCCCACCAUUGAAGAAACUUUGCAAAGCUGCCUAUCACAGUCUAUCACAUUCUCGAUGAAUCCUAAUGAUUUACUUCGGACAGAGAUCAAUAACCUAUCACGUAGUCAGAUGAAGGAACUUUGCCAAAUAUUCUACAACUUCAAAGAUUGUGUGGAAGAAGAGUUGAAACCAUGUAUGGACAAGGAUGAAUUUGAGAAAAUUCUGGAAGCAUUUGAAGAAUCGUUCAACUAUAUUUGUCAUGAAGGGUUUGAGCUUCUCAUGAAGAUCAAACCAUGUACAUCAUCAGCAAACUUCAAGGACCACAUGAGCCAAUGCUCUUACGAUGCACAGUACAAAGUCAACCGACACAAUGUCAGAUUGAUGAAUGAUUACAUGAUGAAAAUGAAAGUUUGCAGAUACCUCGAAGAAUCACUAGAAUGCGCAGAGACAGUUGCACAGAAACUAUGUGGAAAUGAUGCUCAAAAAUAUUAUCAUGAACUCAACGUCAGGACAAUGGGACCAGCCAAGAGAUUUCUACGCUGUCACCAGGCCAGAAACACUACACUGAUUGGUCUGGGCAUCUCUAUAGCAUUGGUGCUGGCCAUUGUUGUAUUAGUGAUAGGUCGAUGCCUCAGGAGACAUCAAAUGGUACAGGAGGCUAGUUCUGAAACCUUACUCAUACCUGGCAUACUGCAGCAGCCGCUGAGACGACAGCGAAUGGGUGCGACAACAACAACAGCAGCAGCAGCAACAGCAAAUGCUUCGACAACAACAGGGCCGACUGCAAUGGCAGCAGCGGCUGCAGCAGCAGCAAUGGCCUCGCCCCCAUACACGCCACGCGCGCAGACAUCAACCGAUCCCUCAAGCAUAGCAACUGACAUUCCUGACCAGAUCCCGAAGGAUCUCCCACCUCAGUACCCCGGUCAUCCACCAUAUCCCCAUUCCUGCACGAACGAUAAAGACGACUACACAACACCACCCCCUUCUUAUGAGCAGGUCAUGGCCGAAAUGAGGAACCGGUCAGAGGAGCAGUAAAUAAUGCCUAGCUUUUGUAAAGUCUCAAAAGAUUUUACACAUCAUAUAUGUUAUAAUAUAUAUACAUCAUAUUAUA